CAGAGGGUCCGGGUGGCCCCUGCCCCAAGCUUCCUAAUUCAGGACUUCAGUUCUUGCAGAGGAGAGGUAAGGCGGGGAGCAGGCCUGGUCCACAGCGCUGGCUCUCUGCCUCUCCACGUGCUUGUGGCCUCUCCCAGGCUGACGCUAAGCGGUGUCAUGAGUCUGAGCCAGGUGGGAGAUUAAUUCCUGGGGGCACUUCAGGGCUGAGAAGGGGGAGGAAUGACAGGUCCAAGGCCACCAACAGAGAGGGACAGCUGCCGUCCUUGACAGCUUCCUCCUCCAGGAGGCCAUGGCAUGGGUGGUCAGGAACUCAGGCUGAGAAAGACAGCCAAGGAGGGGCCUGGGCAGAUCUGGCCUCUGCCAAGCCCCAGCUUCAGCCAGCAGGCUCCAGCCUCCCUGGCUCCUCCUCCCUGGCCCUCCCCCCACCCAUCACACAUACACUUAAUACUCCUGGCACCCACGUCCACCCACUGCGGACUUCGGCCUUAGCUGUAACUGGUGUGGGAGGCUGGCAAGACCGGGAGCAAAGUUUCUCAAACAAAAUCAAAAGGAGAAGCUUCCGGGUUGCAGUCCUGCCGAUCUUCCCCAAGGAGCCUAGACUGCCCCCUGCAGGCCACGUGGGCUCCAGCUAUGUGGCUGCCUCUGCUGCUGGGCGCCUUACUGGGGGCAGCUCUGUGGCUGCUCAGGGACCGGCAGCGCCUGCCCGCCAGCGAUGCCUUCAUCUUCAUCACCGGCUGUGACUCGGGCUUCGGGCGCCUGCUAGCCCUGCAGCUGGACCAGAGGGGCUUCCGAGUCCUGGCCAGCUGCCUGACGUCCUCGGGGGCGGAAGACCUGCAGCGGGUGGCUUCCUCCAGACUCCACACCACCCUGCUGGAUGUCACCGACCCCCAGAGUGUCCAGAAGGCAGCCAAGUGGGUGGAGACACACGUUGGGGAAGCAGGGCUUUUUGGUCUGGUGAAUAACGCUGGUGUGGCUGGUGUCAUCGGGCCCACACCAUGGCUGACACAGGAUGACUUCCAGCGGGUGCUGAGUGUGAACACCAUGGGUCCCAUCGGGGUCACCCUCGCCCUGCUGCCUCUGCUGCAACAAGCCCGGGGCAGGGUGAUCAACAUCACCAGCGUCCUAGGUCGCCUGGCAGCCAAUGGUGGCGGCUACUGUGUCUCCAAGUUUGGCCUGGAGGCCUUCUCUGACAGCCUGAGACGGGAUGUGGCUCAUUUUGGGGUACGAGUCUCCAUCGUGGAGCCUGGCUUCUUCCGAACCCCUGUGACCAACCUGGAGAGUUUGGAGAACGGCCUGCAGGCUUGCUGGGCGCGGCUACCUCCAGCCACACAGGCUCAGUACGGGGAGGCCUUCCUCACCAAGUACCUGAAAGUGCAGCAGCGCAUCAUGAACCUGAUCUGUGACCCGGACCUCACCAAGGUGAGCAAGUGUGUGGAGCACGGCCUGACUGCCCGUCACCCCCGGACCCGCUACAGCCCAGGCUGGGAUGCCAAGCUGCUCUGGCUGCCAGCUUCCUACCUGCCAGCCUGCCUGGUGGAUGCUGUUCUCACCUGGGUCCUUCCCAAGCCCACUCAGGCAGUGUGUUGAAUCCAACCUUCCAGCAAGAGGUGGUUUUUCAAGGGCAAGGACUUUGAUUUCUGUCUCCGCCCUGGUACUGCCUGGUGCUGGGUGCAAAAUAAACACUCGAUAAAAGUGUAUUUUUUUUUAAGUAGGUGGGCAGAAGUGAAGUUGCCC